UCGGGGCCAGGGGGGAGUCGCGGCGCUUGCAGAGUUGCUCCGAGGCCGUGGCACCACAGUGCACAAUUCUACGUGCGAUUAAUCACAGCCGUCUGCACGUGAAGGUGAACUCCGCUCGUGCAGGUACAAGCGAUGGCCCGUGACGGACAGGUGUUCGUGGUGCUGGGAGGCUCGGGGUUUUUGGGCGAGCGGGUGGUGCGUCUGCUGCUGGAGAAGAUGGGCGACUCGCUGAGCGAGGUGCGAGUCUUUGACUGCGUGGUGCGGGACGACAUGCGCGCCUGGGCGAGCGGCCCGUGCAAGCUGACGCUGCUCAAGGGAGACAUCACGGACUACGAGCAGCUGGCGGCGGCCGUGCGCGGGGCUCACGCGGUUAUCCACGCAAUCAGCAUCAUCGAUUUCAUGAACAUCGUCCCCGAGGAGCGCAUGCACCGCAUCAACGUGGGCGGCACACAGAACGUGGUGCGUGCAUGCGUGGAGGCGAGCGUGCCGAUCCUGGUGUACACAAGCAGCACCGAGGUGGUGGGGCCCAACAAGCAAUUUGAUCCCUUCUUCCGAGGAAACGAAGACACCCCAUACAAAGUGUCGCACAACAAUUUCUACUCCAGCACCAAAUGUGAGGCCGAGAAGAUCGUCCUGAGCGCCAACGGCACCAAGCUCAUCACCGGGGGCAAGCUGAGCACCUGUGUUAUCCGCCCGUCGGGCAUUUAUGGGGAGAAGCACGACUCGCUAGAGCAGGCCUACAGGCGUGCACAAAAGAAAGGAGGGGUGGUCAUUCGCGUCUCGCCCACGAACUCGGAGCAUGGGCGUGUGUACGUAGGUAACGUGGCGUGGAUGCACGUGAUGGCCGCUCAGGCCCUGGAGAAGAAGCCCCAGGUGGUGGGCGGCCAGGUCUACUACGCGUGCGACGAGUCGCCCUUCAUGAACUACACUGACUUCAACAUGGAGUUUUUCUCCGAGCUGGGCUUCCGCAUAAGCGGAGAGCGGAUGAUUCUGCCUUACUAUGUCCUCUACCUAUUUGCGAUACUGCAGGAGGUUUUGCACGUGGUGCUGGGGCCACUGAUGGGCUUCAAGCCGAUUCUGAACCGCUACAUGCUGAAUUCCCUCAUCUCCACGUUUUCCGUGAGCUCCGACAAAGCACGCCGCCACUUCAACUACGAGCCACUCUACAGCUGGGCCGAGUGCCGCGAGCACACCGUGGCAUGGCUGCGAGCCUUGCCCGGUUCCGCUAAGCCAAACCCACCGCACUGACCCCACAACACGGCGCUCACUCAACUCAACUCAUUAUGCUAGCCCGACCUCACCACACAUUGACCAAUAAGCUAAAUGGGGUAAGGGUGAUGUGUAAGGAAAGAGAGUAUAUGGGUUUCAACACCUCAACAAUAGCUACCAGGUGCUGAAUCCACAAAAUUCCCUCAUUCUGCGGUGGACAGUGUCUCUUGUAUUAGCAAUGAACACCAUAUGCUCAGUGUUGAAACCUUUUUCGUGAAACUCUGGCAGAAUUCAGAAAUAAGAUAUGGGGCAACUUUAUUUAAUAUGCCGACAUCCUUCUCCCGCACCUCCGAUGAGCACGGUUGGCUGCAUACGUUGUGAAAGAAGUGCAACUUACCAUACAUAUAUCUACCGAGUAUAAACACACACAGAAAUAAUCAAAAUCUAAUUUUAUUGAAAACAUUCAAAAUCACAGGCACUUAAAGGUUUUGCUUUUUAGUGUAUAUUUCUUACGAACAAUGGCAUUGAGCAAAUUUAUAUAUAAAGUAAAAUAAAUCGUGUGUGAUUGUCUAGCUUUUGCAUUUUCAAAGGUAAACCGUAUCAAUUAUGAAAUGUAGAUGCUUAAGCCAGAGCAAAGUAAGGCACAUAGGACGAGAUAAAUCCUCAUCCCCAUUACUUAGAGGUAGCUCAUUAAUACUGUUCCCUGUACCUUUGCGAUCUGAGAAACACAAACAUUAAAGUGACUGAAAGGAAUACAAAAUCAAUGAUAUGGAAAUUAAAAAAUCAUUACAUUAUAAAAUAAAGACAGAAAGCAAGCAUGCAUCACAGAUUAAGAAAUAAUUUUCACUCGCUGUGUUAUUACUGAAUUCAGGCCCUGAUGCAGCACUGUGUAACACAGAGUUACUUUGCCACGUACUUCAACACAAAGUAAAUCUGGCCGUGAUCAGUCACUAACUCUGAUAUGUCACUCCAUUGCAUUGAACGUAUGAGGGCAGAUUUGGCCACAACUAAUUUUUAAACACUUUAUUCUGGUUCGUGCUAAAGAUUUCCUAUCUCACGUAAAAAGUGAAAUCGCAAUAUCGCUUCGUCCCUGUAGUUUAUGAGACAAUUGCGCUUUUACUGAAAAUUAAACUAUACAGCACAUGCUAUGUGAAUCGGGAGGUGGGGUCUUAAUGCCUCAUGGAUAUCGCUGUGGUUUUCCCACUAAUAGCCCCCACAUUCGUCCGGCUAGAAGGCAUAGUUGCGCCUAGCGGAGGGUGUGGUUGCGCUGGAGGAGGGUGGUGAUGGUGACCCCCCAUUGCCAGCAGAGUAUGCAGCUGCCCCCCGCACGGCGUUUUCACCCAGGAUACCCGUCUCUCGGGAUACCUUCAGCGAAAAGUCGACCACUGGGUAGCCCUGCAACAACACAGCAAAUAGCAUCAACCACGAUGCUCUUGGACAGAUGGAUGAAUCUAUUCUACUAUGUAGAAUGACUGCAACAUCUCUGCAAUUAAACCACGCACGCAUAAUACAAUAAAGAGGAAGAAACAACAUGCAUAUACACGGAUUCUGUAACGCUUGCCAAAAUGUGUUUUUGCUUUGGUGUAUUUAAUUCGCGAUAACAUUACGUUGUGAGCUAUACAAGACGAGGUCACACGGCACAUGACAUGAUGGCAUUAGACUGGAGCAAUUUGGGCUAUUUUAUAUAGGGUUAGUCUUGAUCUGGGGAGGCAGGGGAGGCAGAGCCUCACCUGUCAUACUCAAAUGAAAAUAGCUGUUACGAAAAAUAGUAAUAAAAUUAAGAUGAUUCCAUUGA